CCGCCCGGCGCAGAGUUCCUCUGCCCCGCCCCCCUCCUUCGGAGAGUCAGCUUCCUUGAUCUCCCCACCUUUAGCUAUACCAACGAGAGGACACCGCCAGCAUCUAGAGCAGCCCGGCUAGGAGCGGGACUGAGUAGCAAGAACGUGAAAGGAAGCCGUGCCUUCCUAUCCCCAAGCCAUUCUAGACACGGGAAAAAUGCUUUCUGAAAGCAGUUCAUUUUUGAAGGGUGUGAUGCUCGGAAGCAUUUUCUGUGCUUUGAUCACCAUUCUAGGACACAUUGGAAUUGGUCAUGGAAAUAGAAUGCAUCACCAUGAGCAUCAUCACCUACAAGCUCCUAACAAAGAAGAUAUCUUGAAAAUUUCAGAGGAUGAACGCAUGGAGCUCAGUAAGAGCUUUCGGGUAUAUUGCAUCAUCCUUGUAAAACCCAAAGAUGUGAGUCUUUGGGCUGCAGUGAAGGACACUUGGACCAAACACUGUGACAAAGCAGAGUUCUUCAGUUCUGAAAAUGUUAAAGUAUUUGAGUCAAUUAAUAUGAAAACAAGUGAAAUGUGGUUAAUGAUGAGAAAAGCUUACAAAUAUGCCUUUGAUAAGUAUAGCAACCAAUACCACUGGUUCUUUCUUGCAUGCCCCACUACAUUUGCUAUUAUUGAAAACCUAAAGUAUUUUUUGUUAAAAAAGGAUCCAUCACAACCUUUCUAUCUAGGUCACACUAUAAAAUCUGGAGACCUUGAAUAUGUGAGUGUGGAAGGAGGAAUUGUCUUAAGUAUAGAAUCAAUGAAAAGACUUAACAGCCUUCUGAAUAUCCCUGAAAAGUGUCCUGAACAGGGAGGAAUGAUUUGGAAGAUAUCUGAAGAUAAGCAGCUAGCAGUCUGCCUGAAAUACGCUGGAGUGUUUGCAGAAAACGCAGAAGACGCAGACGGAAAAGAUGUAUUUAAUACCAAAUCUGUUGGGCUUUCUAUUAAAGAAGCAAUGACUAAUCAUCCCAACCAGGUAGUAGAAGGAUGUUGUUCAGAUAUGGCUGUUACUUUUAAUGGACUGACUCCUAAUCAGAUGCAUGUGAUGAUGUAUGGGGUAUACCGUCUUAGGGCAUUUGGACAUCUUUUCAAUGAUGCAUUGAUUUUCUUACCUCCAAAUGGUUCUGAUAAUGACUGAUAAGUGGAAAAAGAGCAUGUGUUACUAUAGCGGUACAUACUUUUUUUUUUAAUCUGGUGGCACUGGUAUAAUUAGACAUUAAAGUUUAUUAGUAUGUUUUUAAAUAGGGUGGUAUUUUUUCCUUAAAAGACAAUUUAAAUGUGUUAAAAUGUUUUAAGAAUAAUUUUGCAAAUAAAGGACAUAUUUAUAAAUAUUUAUGUGAUAAAUUCUAAACAUUAAAAAUUUGACAUAUUUUUGCUAAUUGGUUAGAAAAAUUUAACAUGUCUUUUUAACUUUCUAAUAUAUUCAAGUGAAAUAUCUAGUUGUGAAUUUGUGAUUAAAGCAAAACUUUUAGCUCUGUAUUUCCUUUACUCCUAAUGUAGAUUUAUGUUCUAAGCCACCUCAGGUGCCAGUGGAUGUGCCCUCUCAGAAUACACAACCAAGCAACCAAGGAAAUGUUCCUAUCCACUAUUAAAGAAAAGUUGAAUCCUA